AUGCGCGGCGUCCGCGCGAGGGGGUACGGCGUCGGCGGGAAGAGGGACGGCGCGGGGAGGAUGAACGUCGCGUGGGCGUUCGCGAAGACGGGGCACGGCGUCGGCGACGACGGCGAUCGCGCGUCGUUCGCGGCGAUAUCGGAAGCGCUGCUCGCGCUGCCAGGUGGGACGUUCGACGCGCUGACCGCGCCGCAGCUCGCGAACGUGGCCUGGGCGUUCGCCAAGGCGAACGACGCCGGCGGCGGGUCGACGCGCGGCGGCCCCUCUUCCUCUUCCAUCUCCUCCAUCUCAUCCCCCUUCGCGUCUCUGUUCGCCGCGCUCGCGAGAUCCGCGGCGUCUCGAGCGAACGACUUCAGCGCGCAGGAGCUCACGGACGUCGCGUGGGCGUUCGCGAACGCGGGGUGCGUCGACGGUCGGUUGUUCGCCGCGUUCGCGCGACGCGCGGAGACUCUCGCGGACGACUUCGACGACGAGGAGCUGGACAACGCGGAGUGGGCGUUCGCGCGCGCGGGGCAGCACGGGAUCGCGAAGAAGCUGAAGAGGCUGAAAGCCGGGAAGAAGAAGAAUGGCGGCGGCGGCGGCGGCGGCGGCGCGGACGACGACGACGACGACGACGGCGACGACGACGACGAACGAGAGAAGUCGAAGAAGAAACGAUCGAAACGAUCGGAGAUUGAAAAGUGCGGCGUGAUCGUCGUCGCCGGCGGCGGCAUCGGCGGCGCCGCGGUCGCGGUCGCGCUUCAACGCGAGGGCUUCAAAGUGCUCGUCCUCGAGGGCGACGCGUCGUUCGACGCUCGGAAGCAAGGGUACGGGCUCACGAUCCAGCGCCUCGACGCGAUCGGGUCGUUGGGAAUCGACGUGUCGUCCGACGACGCGCCGUCGACGUCGCACUACGCGUUCGACGCGAGCGGCGGCGUCUUGAACUUCUACGGCGAAGCCUUCGCGGCGAGCGCCGGCAAGGGUUGUCGUCGUCGCAAGGAGCGCGAGAACAGCGGGCGGUUCGUGCACAUCCCGCGGCAGCGGCUGCGCGAGCGCAUCCUGGCCGCGGUCGCCCCCGGCACGGUGCGGUGGGGGUGCAAGCUCGAGAGCUUCAAAGAGUGGAGCGAGAAGAAGAUCGCCAGACGCGGCGGCGUCGGCGGCGUGUCCGUGACGACGUCCGACGGCGCCGCGAUCGACGCGUCGCUUCUGAUCGGCUCGGACGGCAUACACUCCGUCGUUCGAAAGCACCUGCGGUUGCCGAACGACCGGUUAAACUACGUCGGUUUAAUCGUCGUGCUCGGCAUCGUGCGCGACGACGCGAUGUGCGUGACGCUCGCGAAGCGACGCGUGUUCGAAACCGUGGACGGCUCGACGCGGAUCUACGCGAUGCCGUUCACGACGAACAGCACGAUGUGGCAGCUGUCGUUUCCGAUGAGCGAACAGCGCGCGAAAGCGCUGUCGCGCGACCCUACCGCGUUGAAGCGGACGAUCGCGGCGCGGUGCGAGGCGUGGCACGAUCCGAUUCCGGCGAUGCUCGCGCGUACCUCCGUCGACGACAUGUCAGGGUAUCCCGUGUACGACCGCGACGUGUUGGAUCCGAUCGCGCUUCGACCGCCGAGCGACGAGCGCGCGAUGCGACGCCGCGUGACGAUCAUCGGCGACGCCGCGCACCCGAUGACGCCGUUCAAGGCGCAGGGCGCGAACCAAGCCAUCUCGGACGCGGCGCUGUUGGCGGAGUGUCUGGCUUGCGCCGUCGGCGACCACGGGCACGCGCUCGGCGUCGAGCGCGCGCUUCCGAUCUUCGAGAAGAAGAUGCUGCGGCGCUCCGCGAGGGCGGUUAUCGCGAGCAGGGAGAAGGCGAGGGAGAUGCACAGCAAGCUCGCGCUCGGGGAGGCGCGGAAGUCGCAGCGGGAGAGCGACGUGGACGUGGGGAAGGUGGUGCGCGCGUUGAGAAGGAAAAACGUCGGCGCGGCGACGGCGGCGACGGAUCCGAGGGGGUUGGACGCCGUCGUCGCGGAGGUCGUCGCGGGUGUCGUCGCGGGCGGGGAUGAUGUAGAAGAAAAAGGAGAAGAAGAAGAAGAAGACGCCGGCGCCUCGGCGGCGCCUCCCGGGAAGAAGCGGAAGAAGCGAAAUCACCCGGUCGCCGCCGCGGAGCCCGGCGGAGGAGAGCGAACGCGGUGCUGGGCGCGUUUUGAAGACGACUGGCACAAGUGCGUCGUCGUGCGGCGCGACGCGACGAGCGCGGUCGUGGAGUGGAAGGGCGGGAAGCGACUGGCGGUGCCUCUGAGCGACGUCCGCGACCGCGUGUGGGCGUUCUACGACGACGACUGGAGGAAGUCCACGGUGGUGAAGAUUAAGAAAAAAACAGGCGCGCGUGUCAUCGAGCUCCCGGGCGGGGAGAAAAAGUCCAUCCCCGCGGAGCGCGUGAAGCCCAUGCUCGCGUGAGCGAGCGAGCGCGUCGCGUGCUAGUAGACGCGGUUAAGUCGGAGUUAGUAUCGCAAUAGAAGCUAGACUACAGU